UUCUUUCCCAUUCAUUUCGUGAAAUUUAUGAUAUAUUUGAAAAAUACUUACAAAGAAUUCGGAAAAAGUCCAUAUAUUUGUGAAAAAUCUAUUUGUUUUUAAAUUGAUUGUUUUUUAUUCGUUCGGGGCGGCUUUGUUUCCAUUGAAUUUCAGCGUUGCGGCCUUGCAGUUAUUCUUCGACAGUUCCAUAGCAGGCAAAAGUUGUUGUGUGAAGCAGACGACGACGGGAGUCAGACGAGUGUAACAGCAAUUAAUAAAUACUCUACGAGUAGACGUUGGGGACAUUACAUUCAUAGUUUUUUUUUUUUGAAAUUCAAGCAGUUUCACUUCUUUUUUUAUUCUCCAUUUGUGUAUUUUGUAUUUAUUGAAUACGUUGCAUCAGCUACAAUGUCAUCGGACACCGCAAAGAAUUUCUCAAGCCUUGAUACACCGGGAUACGUUGGUUUCGCAAAUCUACCAAAUCAAGUUCACAGAAAAUCAGUGAAAAAAGGUUUCGAGUUUACAUUGAUGGUGGUCGGUGAAAGCGGUUUAGGCAAGUCGACAUUAGUCAACAGCUUAUUUUUAACUGAUUUGUAUCCAGAACGAGUUGUACCAGAUGCUAUCGAAAAACAAAAACAGACUGUCAAACUGGAUGCAUCUACGGUUGAAAUUGAAGAACGUGGUGUGAAAUUGCGAUUGACCGUUGUUGACACACCCGGUUUCGGCGAUGCCAUCGACAAUUCAAAUAGUUUUAGUGCAAUCUUAGAAUACAUUGACGAGCAGUAUGAACGUUUUUUACGUGACGAGUCGGGUUUGAAUCGUCGAAACAUUGUUGAUAAUCGAAUUCAUUGCUGCUUUUACUUUAUUUCCCCUUUUGGUCAUGGUUUGAAGCCACUGGAUAUUGAAUUCAUGAAGAAGCUUCACAAUAAAGUAAAUAUUGUGCCUGUCAUUGCAAAGGCCGACUGUUUGACAAAGAAAGAAAUGGAGCGUCUGAAGAGUCGCGUUCUAAAAGAGAUUGAAAACAAUGGCAUCAAAAUAUAUCCCUUGCCUGAUUGUGAUAGUGACGAAGACGAGGAUUACAAAGAACAAGUACGUCAACUCAAAGAGGCAGUGCCAUUUGCUGUAUGUGGAAGCACCACAGUGCUCGAAGUUAAAGGCAAAAAGGUACGAGCAAGAAAUUAUGGUUGGGGCACGAUAGAAAUUGAAAAUCCAGAUCAUUGCGAUUUCAUAAAAUUGAGAACAAUGCUGAUAACGCACAUGCAAGAUUUACAGGAAGUCACACAAGAAGUGCAUUAUGAAAACUACAGAUCUGAACGUUUGGCCAAAGGCGUCAAGAAAAAUGGCAUUUCAAAUGGAAAUGCUAAAGAUGAUUCUCCGCCGGCACCAAUAAUCAGCUCCGACAAAGAUCGUAUUUUACAAGAAAAAGAAGCCGAACUGCAACGAAUGCAGGAAAUGCUGGCUCAAAUGCAAGCUAAAAUCGCACAAAAAUAAGGCCAUCGUAUAGAAAUUGCACAUAAUCAUAUUUUAUACACAAAAUUAAAUUCUAUUACCAAAAUAAUUCGUAAAUUGACAAUUUUAUCGUACUCAAAUUCAUUUUAUUCAUUUGUUUUUCGUUCGACCGGCUUCAGAUCGUCCGAUUAGCUCUCUCUCUCUCUCAAUGCGCAAUUUUUUUUGAAAUUAUUUUGUCAUCGAUUUCGAUUAGUUUAAAUUGCAAGUAUUUUUUUUUUUGUAUUUGAGCCAAUAUAAUAAACCAUACUCUCUGGUACGCACACAGAGAGAAUAUGGUUGAAAGUACCAGCUCUAUUAAUAUGCUUCCAAUAUUCUGACAAAAGCAAUUACAAGCUAACUCCAAACUAUUUUUCCAUUUUAUAUAUGAUCCAUGAUUUAAAUUUAAUCUUAAAAGCUCACACUGUAAAGAGAAACAUUGACUUAAGUAAUAGCAACUUGCUGGUUAGCAUUUUUUAUGGAAGAAAAAAAAUAUCAAUAUUUUGUAUGCAUGCUUUUAUUCUCGUAAAAUUUCCGUAUUAUUUUAAAUAUGUAUUUUCCGAAGGCAUUUCAAUAUGUUAUCAACUUAUGAAACAGUUUUUUGUAACUAGUGAGUAAGAAAUUACUAAGAAUAAAUAACAGUUUGUAUACUAAAUUGGAAUAAAAUAAAAAUGUCAUAAAGUGUACACUUUUAUGCGAGAA